AACAAAAAAACACAAAAAAGGGUCACAACAUACUUUCGAUAGAAAGAGUGAAUCUCUAUAAUUCUGCUGUAACCAAUCACCUGACUUUCUUUCACCUUUAAAAACUUGUAAGAAACAAACAACCCAAACCAGAUCUUCACUAAACACGCCCCGUGGGAGCACACAAGUCCUCACACUGAGACUCAGAAUUCAGACAUGGAUUUUCUGGAGCAGGUUGAGGAAAUCGCAUCUAUUGCCAAAUUUGGAGACUUGAUAGAAUUUUCCUACCCUAUCGGAUAUUCCCACUGGGGAGUGUAUGAUGAAGAUGGAUACGUAAUCCAUUUUGCUGUUGCAGAUGAGAGUCAACUGAUGAGCAGAAUACGCAGCUCUCUGCAAAGAUUCUUCCCUGUAUGUGGUGACCUUCUUCUUGGGGAGACCAGGAUCCGCAGAGUGCCACUUGCUGAAGUCACCGUCCCGAAAGGAGUCCAUGUCCUGAUCUGUAACAAUCGCCAUGCCUUUACACCAUCAGCCUCUGAUGAUAUGCGGCUACGGUUCAAUGCCCUUCUUGAUCAGGACUUCCCUUAUCACAUUCUCUCUCUCAACUGUGAGCACUUUGCUACUUUUGUACGCUACGGAAAAGCUGUGUGCAACCAGAUUCCUACAAGACCCAAGAAUGUAGAGUGUGUGGAGGCAACUGCAAUCUUCAAAGAUGUCAUCAGCUCCAAAGAAAAUGCUCCAGACCAUUCUGAAUGAGCCAUCUGACUCUCUUUUCCAAUUCAAUAGAAUUGAUGAUUCAUUGAUGAUUGAAAAUACAUUUUAAAAAGUGGUUUGACCAAAACUCUAUGACCUGUUUAAAAAAUCAUAUUGCUUUUAUAUUUGCCUUUGGACAUCUGUAUGGCUGCGAUGGAUUAUUUUGUCAUUGUCAAAGGGAAACAAUUAAAGUUUUCAUUAUCAUUUUUUAUUUGCUGACAUUAAGCCAUCAUUUUUAGAAUCUUGUCUGACAAUGUUGUGUUCAUAACAAAUUAAUUUACAGACAUUUACAUAAUGUACAUAAUUAAUUUACAUACAUUUACAUAAUUAAUUUACAUACAUUUACAUAAUGUACUCAGCAGCUAGGAAAAUGCAUUAAAUUGUAUAAAACAUUUGCUGUGUUGUACUUCAAAACAACAAACUAAUAAAAUCUGCUUUGCUUUC